AUGCAUUUCUUUCUAAUACUUUUCUUUCUCCUGCGGAAAGGAUUCUCUCAAGAGGCUGAACGCUCAAACGCCGGGAUCUACUUUCGUUUGAAUCAAAAAGCCGUCAAUUAUAUUGCGAAUUUGACCGAAGAAGCGAUGCCACAAAUUCUCGAAAAAAUGCAAUUCCCAACGCAACAAGCCGGCCCGGCAAUUAUCAGUCAGCUGACAAUCGAGCGAUUUCAACGACCAAUCAUUGAAGCGGACUUUGUCGAGAAUCGAGGUGUCUCGGCUCAAGUCAUUCUCCCGUUGAUCAAAGUGAGCGCAAAUGCAGAAGUCGACAUCUUCUUGAUCCUCUCAACGAAUGAAACUUUUGAAAUCGAAUUCAAAAACCUAACGAUCAAUAUGGAUGUUUAUUUCGCCAGAGAUCCGAUAAAGAAUCGGAAUAUCAUCGAGAUUCCUAAUUGCAAUGUGACGGCAUUCAGUUUCAAGGGGAUUUUCAAUCAAAGCCUCCAAUUGCAUCUGUUUCAAGAUAUGAUCAAAGAUAUGGUCACAAAUAUGCUACAAGACAAGAUUUGUCAAACGACACUUGAUGCGAUUAAAUAUGUGGACGAGCAAGAGAUUCAACCGACUCCAAAGACUACUCCACCUCCAGCGGAGAAUGCGGCCGGGGGAAUGGCCUCAGGAUUCGGGAGCAGUCUGUGUGCAAUUGAUAGAAUUGAAACCGAUGAAGAUGACGAGGAGACUCCGAUCACAACGAAAGCCCCGCUAAACUCUCAUCCGGUCACCUGGGGAGUCGAUCUGACGCUAAACUAUCCGCCGAAAUUCUCGAAAGAUGAUGUGGUUUUCGGUGUUGAUGGUGGUGUGUUGUUGAAUGAAAAAUCGGCAUUGGACGUUGAAAAACCCCAUCAAUUAAACACGAGUCUUUUGGAUGAAAAAAUGAUCGGCAUUCUUCUCUCCGAUUACAUCCCGAACACUCUCCUUUCGCAUCUCUACGAUGGAGGACUUGGGAAUUACACGGAAAGAAUCUACGCCGAUCGAGUGCCGAAAUUCGCACGAGGACUCGCAAAACUGUUCUGCGCCAAGUGUUUCCUCGAAAUCACCGCAAAUCUCACAGAAAAACCGCGAAUGCAAAUCGACAAACGACUGGGCGCCCGGUUGGCCAUCUCCGGCAACGUUAGUCUGACUUUCCAGAGCUCACAAAAAGUUCACGAUCUACUUUAUGCUGAUGUCACUUUGCACAUUACGCUGAAACCCUCGAUUCGACAUAGCCGCCUGUAUGGGGACAUUUCGUUGACAAAUGUGGAUCUGAAUGUGAAAGAUAUCGGAAUGGGUGGCUUGUUGGCUUUCCCGCUGGAGAAAGUGGCGAAUGUGAUUGUGCCGAGAGCCCUUUGGCCACAAGUGAAGAAACGAUUGAGAUUCGCAUUGAAUAAACGAGGCGUUCAAUUGCCGAUCAUCUGCGGGGUCGAAUUCGAGAGCAUGACACUCGAUUACACCAAUCAUGCUGUGGUGCUGAACACGGAUUUCACAUUUGAUCUCCCGCGUUUCAUCCGAAAGUUCCGACUCUACUUGCAAGAGAAAGGGAAACAAGGGCUACCCGUUCCACAGUGGAAAUCG